AUGGUUCUGUACCUUGUUGGUGUCUCCCAGAAAGAAAAAGCGAAUAGAAUAAUGAGGAAUAAUCAACAGAGAAAGGACAGAGAAGCACUUAGAGUUCAAAACGACGCAUGGUAUACAGCUCUUCAUCAUGCAGCAUCAGUAGGGAGCGAAUGCAUGUGUAAGUGCAUCGCCAAGGAUUAUCCACGGCUGAUCAACGACGAAACCAAAAGGUCUAAGAUUCCUCUGUACAUUGCAGUUCUAUGUGGAAAGAAGGAGGCUUUCUUGUACCUGCAUUUCCUGUUCUUAGCUUCAGAGCCUAUGGCUCGUUGCUAUUCUUAUGCCAAGAGAGGCCGUGAUGGUUCAACUAUUCUGCAUGCUGCAAUCCGUAGGGAGCACUUUGGUCAGCCUUAG